AUAAAAGCCAACACUCUGGUCGCAGUCAGCUUCGAGUGAGCUGCGGAACGCACCGUCAACCUUCGCCACGUCUCACUUCAAAAGCUCCGCUCGCGACGCCGAUGACUAUCAAUGCCGACCGAGACUUAUAUUGCCACUAGCGCGUCUCACUUUGCUGCCGUGUAGGACGACUAAGUCUGUGAUAAACCUAGCAAGAGGUAAGGAAGCUUGAGACGAAGUAAAAGCAACUAAGAACAAUCAGCAAAUAGCAGUGGCAGCAGCAGCAGUCGAGAUGUACUACAACGAGAGUCGGAUGUCGAACACAAUGCCAUUUGUCAUGGGCGGCAUGGGUUCCGUAGGACCAAACGUUGGCCAAGUUUCACCGUUGCAAGAACACCUGUUGGGAUGGAAUGUGCCACCAGAACAUAUGGAUAUCGUGCAUCCACACUGGCGUGGCUUUCUGGCACCCGGCAAAUACUGGCACAUUGGACUUGCGCUCAUCUAUUUCAUGCUGCUUGUGUUUUCGUUCGUUGGAAAUGGCUGUGUUAUUUGGAUAUUUAGCACAUCCAAAGUUUUGCGAACUCCAUCAAAUCUUUUUAUAAUAAAUUUGGCCCUGUUCGAUCUGGUAAUGGCACUUGAGAUUCCAAUGCUAAUAGUGAAUAGCUUUGCCGAGCGAAUGGUCGGUUGGGAAUUGGGCUGUGACAUUUACGCUGCACUCGGUAGCGUAUCUGGCAUUGGCUCGGCGAUAACCAACGCAGCUAUCGCUUACGAUCGAUAUAGAACCAUUUCUUGCCCAAUCGAUGGCCGAUUAAACGGCAAACAAGCGGCUAUUAUUGUUAUAUUCACCUGGUUCUGGACAAUGCCAUUUACUAUUUUGCCUUUCGCUAAAAUAUGGGGUCGAUAUACCACAGAGGGCUUUUUAACAACCUGCAGCUUUGACUUCUUGAGCGACGAUCAAGAUACAAAAGUUUUCGUUGCAUCAAUUUUCUCUUGGUCUUACUGCUUCCCAAUGGUACUGAUCAUCUGCUUCUACUCGCAAUUAAUAAAGUCCGUCAGACGACACGAAAAGAUGCUCCGCGAGCAAGCCAAGAAGAUGAACGUUAAAUCAUUGGUAUCCAAUCAGGACAAGGAGAGGAGUAUCGAGAUGAGGAUAGCCAUCGCUUUUACGAUUUUCUUUUUAUUCGUGUGCUCUUGGACUCCGUAUGCAGUUGUGACUUUGAUUGCGACAUUUGGCAACCGGGAACUUAUCACGCCGUUCUCAAGUAUGCUGCCAGCAGUGUUUGCCAAAACGGUCUCCUGCAUCGAUCCCUGGGUUUAUGCCAUUAAUCAUCCGAGGUACAGGCAAGAGUUGACCAAACGCUGCAAGUGGAUGGGUAUUCACGAGCCCGAAGUGACUGCAGGUACUGGAAGUGAAACGGUGUCUGUAACCACUGAGAAGCUUAAAGGCGACGACAAUUAAGCGACGAGUAAGACCUUCCCCGCCCUCUCUGGGUAGAAAGCUUGGUUCGGAUCAAGGCCUGACAAUGGGGGAGUUGACGAUUAUUCAGCGGGUCGGCAAAGUCGAAAGCUGCGGCUAUCGAACCACCACUCGAUAAUCGCAAUUACAAGCUUUCGCUCGAUCUUGCUUGCCAAAUGAUUAUAAAUAUUUUUCUCACAUACACACACACGUACACACACACAUACACACUUCGAAAUCGUGCCAGUUAAAAGUACAAUCGACUUGAGUUUACGAUCAGACCGAAGCCUAGACGAACUCAAAUUUAAGUUACCGGCAGACGCGAUAAGUACCCGAGUUUUCUUCUGGCCUAGCAAUUAGCCCGUCGAGCGCUUGAAUAAAAAUUAGAAAAAAAAAACACAUUUGUAUAUUAUCUAGCGUACCAGAGAAUAUUAAGGCGUAGAGGGCGCAGCGUUUCCCAGUGUCUGCUACAGGCAAGACGGUAUAGACUAAGCUAUGAAUAUUGAAAUCGUUGUGUUACUUUAGCAACUCGAUUAACCAUUAAAGCAAACAAUUGUUCCGACUGUCGCUGUUGUUGAUUAAUUAAUUAUUCAUGCAAAUUGAACAGAUGCUUUUGUCGACGGCUUUCAAUUUUUUAUGUUAUAAAUUACAAGUUGACGUAUGCACGUGCGUUUAAAGUUAACCAAAUGUACAGCAAAAGAACACAUUUUCGUAUGUUUCCAGGAGAUCGUUACCUUAUAUUUGUAUUCAUUAUAAACGUUGUAUACACAGUUAAAUGAACAAAACGAUAUUAAAGUCAAUCCUUCAACUUUAUGGGUUAUUCCAUAUAUAUCACGUGUAACUGUAUCAAGUUGAAAAUGAAUAAGGUAGGACACAAUGAUUAUGGAAUUUUUAUUUAGCUUUCGAACUUAUACAAGUUUGUUUCACUUUACAAAUAGAAAUUCAAAAACAUUAAAUUACAAUAGUUGUUGAUUAAUUUGUUGCAGUGUUCGCGUAAGCUCGUUUUCAGAAUAGUCAUGUUUCUUCUUAUCUUUUAGCGCUGCAAUUUUAGAGGGACUGCGAUAAUUUGUUUAUAAGCUUGUACAUUCGGUUUGACGAUGAUACUUUCGAUACAUAAUGAAGAUCAAAAAUUGAGUUUACGUAAGUUUCUAUAAUAAUUUAAUACUUUGAUUAUCAUACAAUGUACAUUAACCAUUAUAAUAUUUUCUGCUUUUUGGCUUCGGUUACAUUAGAGGACUGUUUAUAAUUUUAAUUCUAACAAGAAAUCCAGCAAUAUGGUAAUGGUCAGUUCUGGUUGCACAGUUGACAGAAACUAUAAAGUCUCUUGGUAAUUUUUUGCCUACGAACUAUGAUUGGUUUUUUUCGUCAAAGGAUAGUUCGGAGUAAAAUUUACCUUUGUUAUUGUCGAGACUUGAUAAUUUUAUCAAUAUUUUUAAUGGCAGAUGCAUUUAUUUCUUUGAACGUAUCGGAGUACGGAAUUUUAGGUAUUUGGAGAAGGUUAGGUUCGUUACUUUCUGGAGCGAUAUCAAUAGCUAAAUUAGGGCUAUCGCUUCAACUGUAAAGAUAGAGAGUUUAUCAGCGAUACUCCUUGCUUGUCUCAAUUCCUAGCUCGGGGGAUAAGCAGUUUGUUCCUGCAAGUUUCAGAUUCGCUGACAUCCAUGUAAAUAACCGCUCGCUUGGCAAUUAAUAAAAAAACCAUAAUUUUCAUUAAUUUUUUUCGAUGUUUCUAGGUACUGGAAUAAAUUAACAACGUAGUUUAGAAUACAGAAAAGUUUUAUUAUUUCCCCCGUUGGAAAUCGUUUAAAAGAAAUUCAUGAAGAUUCGAUAAUUUCAUAAUUAUUAAGCACUCAAAAUCAUCAUCAACAGCUGACAAGGGGAAGCAGUAAUACUACAUAUUUUACUAAUAUGAUUAAUUGUUAGUCCUUUAAAUGCAUUAAUGCGUAAAUGAUGAGGCUCAAUAACGAUUUUAACAGCAGUUUAAAAUAAAUAUUAAAGCCGAUAUAUCAAUUUUUA